AUUUAUUAGAAAAAUGUGAAUUUAAUUCCAAUUGGCAUUAAUAAUAAAAUUACUAAUAUGACCAUGAUUUUAAGUAGUUUUUUAUUAUCGCGGCUAGAUAUUAAUUGUGAUUCAAAACUGUCAUAAAACAAUAUAUAUUUAAGUGCGAGUUUUCGAAGUAGACCACUGAUUAUUCUUUUAAAAAUGAAGCCUGGUAAGAGUGUAGAUGUUAAGGAGGAGAUAGCAGAAGUGCACACAGCCGCUCGUUCACCAUCACCGAAACAUAAAAGCAGACCUAGAUCAAGAUCAAGGUCUGGCUCAAGGAAAUUAUCUAACGGUCAUACAGAUGUAUCCGAAAACGUUGAAGUGACACCUGCACCUGAAGAUAAUCCUCCAGACAAGUCCAAAACUCGCGAUAGUUGGAUAAAAUCUGAACACGAAUCUUUAGAUAUAGAACUUCCUAUACACGAUCAAAUAAAGCAGGAUAUUUUAGGUUUCGUUGAGAAGGAAUUUAAGAAGUCUGAUAAAACCCCGUCUUUUGUGUUUUACUCGCACGACCCGAAUGGUUUGGAUGAGAAAUUUAUGAAGACAUUAUCCAGGCCAUCUAGCAGUCACAAGGAGAAACGGAGCCCUUCAUAUAGGAAGAAGAAACGCCACUCAUCAAGGCAUAGAGAUAGAGAACUACAUGACUUUGAUAUCCCUGGGUCAAGUCUUAGCGCAUUAGAAAAGGUUGAUGAUUAUUUGAAAGAGUAUAAUAAAGAUGAGGUAGUCACUCUCAGUGGAGAACUAGAGAUUGAAGCUAAAGAUCUUGAGAAUAACAAUGGAACACCAAAGGCUGUACGUCAUAAACCAAGAAAGACACGACGGAAAACGAGGGAGGAAAGGCAAGAGACACAUGCCAAUAACAGAGAUGUCAGCCCAAAGGUGUUUAAGACGGCAAGUAAAAACAAAACGGGAUCCAAACCAGCUCGACCAACUGACCUAACAAGAAUGCUGGAAAGCUUGGAAUCGAAUAUGCCAUAUCAUGAUCAAUAUAUAGAUAAUCCAUUUUCAUCACCAUCACCAUUGACAUCACCAAAUGAUGAGAGGCUGAAUCCAUUUGGGUCACACCAACCCGAGAAGAUAUAUUUGCAAGGUGGCGGCACAUUCAGAGCAGUGUCUAGAGACAGGAUAUUGGAAUCUCAACAGUCGAGAGAUGCAGAUAAAUAUUUAAGAAUGGGCGACUUAACUCCUUUAGAUGUCGCAUUGACAGCGCAGAAAGCAUGGCGCAGUUGCGCUUUAGCCUGUCACGGAGUCCUCGGCGGGCUGUCGCUGAUGCAUUUGCUGCUGAUCAGCUACUCAGACGGUUUGGACGCGGGUCACCUGUCUUUUCACGCUGUUGUCACAAUGCCCUAUGUGGCUACAUACUACUUCUUUUGUGUGCUUUGUUUACUUUCCGUAUUGGAUAGACUGGACGUAACAAGUUUGGACUUGUCGAGAGGGCUCCAGCCAUACUUCCAGCCGAUAGUACUAGUGUUACUGUACACAGCGUGUCUGUUGGUUUGUACGGCCGCCCGGAUGUACGAUGAGCUGAUGGUAUACCAAUAUACUCCGUUGGUAUAUAACGUCACGAACUGCGGCAACGUCACCACUCCAACAAUUCCAACGUUUUACCACACAUGGACACAUUUCUCGAUAUGGCGGGCUGUGCUGUCCAUACUCGGUCUGGUCUACUUUAUAAUAUCUAAUCCACAAGACUUGGUGCAUAUGAAUCUCAAUAAAUUACUGCAGUUCAAGCAUUCCUUGCAAAGCAUUGGAUGAUCACUCUCCACAUAUUGUCUAUGGUAAUACAACUAGUUAUAGAGUAUAUUAAAUAUGGCAUUAAAGUUUAUAUGUAUUUUAAAAUGCCACAGAUAGUUAUAUGUUAUAUCACUUGUAUGUAAUCUUUGUAUUGAUUUUAUAAAACACUGGCAAGUGUUUAAAAGUAUAUAUAGAAUUUAAUAAGAUUUGUAAAUGCCCAUUAUAAAAUCUCAUAUAAUUAUUUAUAGUUAAUUAAAGAGAAUUAAAUUUAUUUACAGUCAAGGCUAAUAUCUAUAAUAUAAAUAUUCAUAGUCAGAUAUAUCAUUUUUGGGUCCAUGUAGAAUCAAAAGAUUAAAAAAGACAUGUUAAGAAAGUAAGACAGAAAAGAAGUGUAAUCGACGAACACUUAUGUGUUGUAAGGUUCGGGUUUUGAACCUGCGAUCCUUGCCUAGAAUCAGGUUUCAGUUUACUUAACCAAUUAGGAAAAAUAAACCCCAAUAAAUAAACUAAGGGGGUACAGUGAAGAAAAUGCAACCAGAGACAAAUAUAUUGAAACAAAUGAAUUCUGCUUUAAUCGUAAUGUUUUCUAGUCACUAUAAUUAAUUAAUUGAAUAUGUGCUUAAUGAAAUAUAUGGAUAUAAUUUAAAAAAAAUUUAAAGUAAAUUUAUAUAGUAUGUUAUUAAUAAAA